AUGGGCACGCUCAAAAAAGCAGCCCUUGUUUGGUUUAGUGGUCUUCCUGACCGAUCAAUCACCGACUUCGACGUCUUUAGUCGGCUUUUCAUGGCACUGUUCGCAGCCAACAAAAAGAAACCGCCAAUCAAGUCAGACUUGUUUGAUCUCAAACAGCAACGCGAAGAGUUGUUAAAGGAUUUUUUGCAAAGAUUCAACGAGGUUGCUUUGAGGAUAGUGUCUUUGGAUGAAAGGAUGGCGGUCAUUGCGUUUCAGAAAGGGCUAAGGUCUGGUGCUUUCGACAUCGCACUAGAGAGAGCAAAUUGUCAAACGAUGUUUGAUGUGAGAGCUUUCGCCCUAAGUCACAUCAAGACGGAGGAAGGAUAG